GUUUCUUGUCGGCAAUCAGUUAGCUUUUAGCAGUAGUGUUAGUUCACUUGUAAUAGAGUCUGCGGCAUAAAUUUAUUUUAAGUCUCUCUCUCUCUCCUUCUCUCUGUGUAACUACUGAAGUCUUUUAUAAAUUUCUCGCUGAAUCCCCGAUUGUUUUAUAACUGUUUUAUUAUAUACUGCGCGACAUAAUGGCCACUUACGCUGCAUACAGGCACAUCGAAUUGGAUAAAGUGGGACACAGCAAGAAGAGGGUACGUAAUCGUUCCUCAGAAAUAUUCCAAGUGCUCUGCUCGCCGACCGAAAAUGGACUGAAAUCCAGAGGCUUUAUGUCCAAACGUGCCUCCCAAAGCAACGAUUCGUUCCAGAAGCUCUUUGGUAACGCGGAGAACCAUCGCGUACCACCUAGGAGGGGAUCUUUGACCAAUCAUGAUGUGACCCACCGGAAUCCUGUAACUGGGAACGGAGUAUCUUCGUGGGACGCCAAGCCAGUCAAGACAAAAACCAAAGUAUAUAAGGAACGUAACCCGGUGACUGGAGAAACCUACUUGAUAGCCUGCCCCACAGAAAACCCCACGAAACUGGAUGGGAACGCCACCAUAUACAUCAAGAGCGAAAUGAGCAAGAACUAAAUAAAAGUCUUCCAAAAUCGAACUUUAUUUAGUCAAUUAAUAUGACUUGACUUAUUAUGGCCUAAUAUGAUUAAUGUAUUAUUAAAAAAAAAAAUUAGUCCUAUUUUAGUAUAUGACUAAGAUUUUUUUGAUUCGUAGAGGCGCAUUUCUGUAGUUUUCAACGUACUUAUUAGUUAAGUUUAGUCAUGCCCGAAAGCUACGCCACCAUUGCAAGCAUUUUAAAUCAUUCAUUAUCAUUACAUAUGGUAGUUAUGCUAGUAUUUAUUUCAUAUAAUAAACCAAAUAUUUUAUAACCUUAUUAUAUAUUUAUAUUAUGUUAUAUUAUAACUUUAAUACUCUUAGAUUUUUAUAUAAAAUUAAUAUAUAACUGACGUUUUAAUAGUAA